AUGUCGACAAACAAGGAGACAAAAAGGAAACAAAAAAGGAGCCAAAAAGAGCCAAAAAAGGCCAAAAAAGAGACAAAAAGAGACGGAAAGAGACGAAAAGGAAACGAAAAUGUGGCAAAAAAGGCUCAAAGAAAGGAAAAAAAAAGGCAAAAAAGGGACAAAAAGUCGACAAAUAAGAAGAGAAAAAGUCGACAAACAAGGAGACAAAAAGGAGACAAAAAGGAGACAAAAACGGAGCCAAAAAGAGCCGAAAAAGGCCAAAAAAGAGACAAAAAGAGACAGACUUUGGUGUAG